UUUAUUCUGUGUUUUGAUUAACAUAUGAAAAUAUAUUUAAAAUAAAAUAUGGUGCAUGUAGAUUUAAAUUUCCCGCUAGAUCUAAACUUUUCAAACGUGUUUCAAGAUUCGAGGUUGGCAAGUCAAUGAAUGUAGAAAAUUGGCGAUUGAAAAUCAGACGAAAACAUAAUGAAUUAAAUUCGGAGGACUUGAGUCCUGUUUCUCUAACAAGAUAUAGUGAAUUUUCCGGGGUGAAACGAAAACGAGAUACUUUGGAAAUUGAUGAAAAUAUGAGUGACAAUUCUAGCGAUUUUUCCAAAAGGGCAAAUUUCUCAGCUAUAACAUCAAAUGGAAUCAACCGUAACCUCAAUAUUCUCAACUUGAAACCUACCACCACCAAGAAAAUUGUCAUUAAAAAUCUAAAAAGUGAACCUAAAUUACCAGAUGAUUUUCGAGAGCAAACAUGGGGUAAACUACAGGAAGCUGUUCUAGCUAUACAAAAUUCCAGAGCUAAUGAAUAUUCUCUUGAAGAGUUAUAUAAAGCUGUAGAAAACAUGUGCAUUCAUAACAUGGCUCACACACUUUACAAUAAUUUACAUGUUUUAAUAGAUAAUCAUGUUCGAAGAAAUAUAGAACAAUUUCUAGCAGAAUCAAUGGAUCGGUUUCUUUUCUUAAAAAAAAUGAAUGAGACAUGGCAAGCACACUGUAGACAGAUGAUAAUGAUAAGAAAUAUUUUCCUGUGUCUGGAUAGAACAUAUGUUUUACAUAAUGCUCAAAUUGCUUCUAUAUGGGAUAUGGGCCUAGAAUUAUUUCGUCAGUACAUAAUGGCAAAUACUUUAGUACAGACUAGAAUAGUUGAAGGCUUACUAAUGUUAAUAGAAAAAGAAAGACAAGGUGAUACUGUGGAUCGCACUUUACUUAAAUCUCUUUUAAGAAUGCUAACUGAUCUUCAGAUUUAUGAGAAAGCCUUCGAAGAGAAGUUCCUUGUAGCUACUGAAAGAUUAUAUGCUGCUGAGGGUCAACGUCUAAUGCAAGAAUUAGACGUACCUGACUAUCUCGCUCACGUUGAUAAAAGGUUAAUAGAAGAAAACGAACGCGUUUAUCAUUAUUUAGAUGCUAAUACAAAACCGCGACUUAUUCAUACUGUUGAAAAACAACUUUUAACAGACCAUGUUACCAAUAUUCUUCAAAAAGGAUUGGAUGGAUUGCUAGAAGAAAAUCGCCUUAAUGAUUUGAGUCUUUUAUAUUCUCUCUUUGGUCGUGUUAAAAAUGGCCACACAGAACUUUGUACAGCUUUCAAUUUGUAUAUUAAAAAACGUGGUCGCACUAUUGUUAUCGAUCCUGAAAAGGAUAAAACUAUGGUACAAGAAUUGUUAGACUUUAAGGAUGCCAUGGAUAAUAUCGUCGCUACCUGUUUUAACAAAAACGAAAAGUUUAGUAACUCUCUAAAGGAAGCCUUUGAAAACUUCAUUAAUCAAAGAACAAAUAAACCUGCAGAAUUGAUAGCAAAAUUCGUCGACUCCAAACUUCGUGCAGGUAACAAGGAAGCUACAGAAGAAGAAUUGGAAAGAUUAUUGGAUAAAAUAAUGGUGUUGUUUCGAUUUAUUCAUGGAAAAGACGUGUUUGAGGCGUUUUACAAAAAAGACCUUGCAAAACGUCUACUUGUUGGUAAAUCAGCCAGUGUGGAUGCUGAAAAGAGUAUGCUUAGUAAACUUAAACAAGAAUGUGGAGGAGGAUUUACAUCAAAACUGGAAGGAAUGUUCAAAGAUAUGGAACUUAGCAAAGAUAUUAAUGUGGCUUUUAAGCAACAUCUUUCAAACACUAGUCAAGAAUUAAGUGCUAUUGACAUGACCGUCAAUAUUCUGACGAUGGGAUAUUGGCCGAAUUAUCCCCUUAUGAACGUUGUCUUACCUGAAGAAAUGGUAAAAUUUCAGGAAAUAUUUAGUAAAUUUUACCUCAGCAAACACAGCGGUCGUAAAUUAACAUGGCAGCCCACUCUGGGCCACUGUGUUCUUCGAGCUAAAUUUAAACUUGGAAUGAAAGAACUUGUCGUAUCUUUAUUUCAAUCGUUAGUGUUACUGCUGUUUAAUUCUCAUGAUGAAUUAUCAUUUGACUACAUAAAAGGGGCGACGAAUAUUGAAGACGGAGAAUUAAGAAGAACUUUGCAAUCAUUAGCGUGUGGCAGAGCUCGCGUUUUAAACAAAAUACCUAAAGGAAGAGACGUGGAAGAUAAUGACAAAUUCAGAUUUAAUAACGACUUUGUGAAUAAACUUUUCCGUAUCAAAAUAAACCAAAUUCAAAUGAAAGAAACGACUGAAGAACAAAAGGCAACUGAAGAGAGGGUAUUCCAGGACAGGCAGUACCAAAUUGAUGCAGCUAUUGUGAGAAUAAUGAAAAUGCGCAAAACGCUUAGUCAUAAUCUAUUAAUUAGUGAAUUAUAUUUACAACUCAAAUUCCCUGUUAAGCCAGCAGAUUUGAAGAAAAGGAUAGAAUCUCUUAUCGACCGAGAUUACAUGGAGCGCGAUAAAGACAAUCCAAACCAUUACAACUAUGUGGCUUAAGCGAGAUAUUUUUGCUGUUUUCAUUUUUUCUUUUCAUAUUAUUAACAUGUGCUAACUAUAAUUGACUUUAAUUGUUUUAACUGCAGUGGCACACCGUCUAAAAGGAACGCGGUUCUAGUCCGUAAGGCGAAAAAAAAA